CUUGAUUUAUCGAUCCAGUUCGACAAUUCAGACAUGAGAUCCAAAUACUUACAUUAAUCAAUGGACAUCAUGUAACAUCACGUUUCCGCUGAUUCUGAUACGUUUCCAUAUGGGAUUCGUGAAUUUUUAAAGAGAACCUCCAUGUCGAUAAAGAUUACUCAUGUUUACUUGGUUUUGAGAACAUUCAAUCUUACCAGAUACUUUCCUUAGGGGAAGACGAAAAUCCUUGUUUGUCGUUAUGAUCAAAGCCAAGAAAACUGGGUCCAAGGUCCCUGCACAACAUUUUAUACUCCGGUUGUUUUAAUGGUGUCAACUACGGAAGAUCAACACGAGAAUGAGUGAGGAACGGUAUGAAUGUAUUUAUGGGAGCAGAAGGGGAUUCUUUUUUAAAAAAAACUCUUGAUCUCCAUUCAGAGCUGCCAGAUUAUCAUCUCGUGUGUGAUAUUCUAUCUCGGCUAGGAUCAUACCACAUUCCAAAUCAUGUAUGACGAUAUCCCAAGGGUUUUCUAGCAUCAAGGGCACACCAAUGCCUAACGGUCUCUUUAGUGAAGGCAGUUAGCUGCCAAAAGUUGGUGAUCAUUUACCCGCAAACUGGUUAGUCGCACCGAGUGGUGAGCAUCAUGGUGGUACUACUUGGAUUCAAUCUUUCGGCCCGCAGAUCGCAAUUAGUACAACAUGUUGGAUAUGCGGUGCCUAUAUUACUACCGACUACCUCUAACGUUUUCCUACUCUUUUUUGUUUUCCCUUCAUCACCAUUUAUUUAUUGCGCUAAUUUUUAAUCAUAAUCAUGCUUAAACUCUCUGCUGCUGUCGUAGCAGCUAUCUUGAGCUUCGUUGAAGCUAAGUCUUGCACUGAUAUUUCCAUUCCAGUGUCGAUCAAUGCUCGAAAUGGCAAUUUUAAUAUUCCACCUCUUUCUGAUGCUAUUGCCGUAACAAAGUUCGCGCAAGAUUUCCUGAGAGCAGGGCAAAAUUACAGUGCAUCUACGUUAUCAGGAUUCACUACAAUAACUGGCCAAUACAAUAUUGCUGCAACUGUUUGUGUACCAAGCGAGUCAAGUAGCAACUCUGAUUCAUGGCAAUUCCUUACUCAUGGAAUUGGCUUUGAUAGAUCGUAUUGGGAUUUGCCAUUCAACAACUACAACUAUUCAUACGUGGAUGUUGCGGUUGAUCAGUAUGGCUAUAGCACUUUAGCUAUCGAUCGCCUUGGAAUAGGUGAAUCCUCAAAGGCUGAUCCAACAUCAGUCAUUCAAGCACCUGCCGAGCUUUCGGCAAUCGUAGAAGUGACAAAAUUACUACGUGCGGGUGACUUACCAGGCGUCGAUAUCUCAGAACCAAAUAAGAUUGUCCACGUUGGUCAUUCUUUUGGUUCAAUCCUAUCAUAUGAGCUCGCUUCUGCAUAUCCAAGUAUCACAGAUGGACUCAUUCUCCAAGGAUUCUCCCUUGACGGUUCUGCACUUCCCCAGACAAUCGCAGGAUUCAACAUCCAAUCCGCAUCCGUAAACCAACCUUACAAAUUUGGCUCUCCUUCCAUCUUCUCUCUUUUCGGCUCCGCAAUCUCUCAACUCGAAAAUACAUUUACCAAAAUAGGAUGUUUCUACACCGCCGGCUCAAACAGAGAUACAGGUAACAUCCACGCCCAAGAUCUCGCCGACGGCUAUCUCACCUGGGCUAAUCUCGGCGCGAACCAAUUUAAUUUUCUCGCGUCUCCUUACUAUGAUCCGGAAAUCGCGGAAUAUACGGAAAUACAUAAGCAACCGUUUACGACGGGAGAACUCCUCACGUUGGCGGCGCAACCGUCGUCGGCGAAGGAGUUUGAGGGACCGGUGUUGGUGUUGGCGGGGAAUGAAGAUGCGAUUUUUUGUGGGGGGAAUUGUUUGGCGGGUGGAGGGAAUGUUUUGGAGGGGGUUAAAGGGGCAUUUCCGAGGAGUAGGGGGUUUAAAGCGUAUGUGUUGAAGAGUUGUGGUCAUGCGGUUAAUGUGCAUUUUGGGGCGGGGGAGGCGUAUAGAGUUAUGAAUGAGUUUUUGGGGGGAGAGGGGUUUUAA